CAGCGAACGGGGAACCGGGAAAGGAAGGGCCCUGUGCGGUGCGCUCCGUGUUGGGGGGGAAUUGGCUGCGGCCGUGCUGAGCUCAGUGCUUUUGAACGCCGGGGAAAUGUGUUGAGGCGGCAUUUUCUUCGCUGCAGUCAUCGCGUUUGGCACUUUUCAGUGCGAUCUUUCUUCGAGAACCUCUGAAAAGCAGAGAAAUCAGCGGUCUGCAGAGCCGGGCUGUGUCUGGGCUCAGUGUCCUCCGGGUCUGCUGCCUUCCCAUCACCCUCGUGUUGCCAGUGUUGCUGUGCUGGGUCUCUGGUAGGGAACGGGGGGGGGGGGGGGGAGUCCAAACUGGUGCUGCUUUCAGGCACAGCCCCUUCUCAGAGCCGCUCCCAGAACACAGCACACACUGCCCGGUUCCUCGGGUACAGACGCUGCAGCCCUCAUGUCCAACAGAAGUGAUGUUGUGAUUCAGGCUUGGGGAGCGCUCUCCUGACCCCAUCGCAGCUCUCUGGGUCCCUGCACUCAUCCCAGCCGCGUCCCUCCACCAGGUCCCUCACAUUUCUACGUCCUUUUGUGUCUGUAUGUGGGUUUAUGUAUUUUUCUUAGCAGAAAAUACAGUGUGAGGUACAGAGUGAGCAUGGACUCUGAGGUCAGGGCUGUAUGAGCUCCCUGCCCUGCUCUGCCCCCCGUGCCCAGCCUGAUGCAGUCUUUAUUUCUUUACAUCUGCUGCAAUGAAGGAAGUUGUAGUAUUUCCUAGUGGUAGGGAACCAUCUAACCCUAUGGGGCACAAAUUUCUGCAGCCAUACCGACCCCAGUGUGCAGUCAGAGGAUUCUGCAGGGCCAGUGUUACGCCUCUCCCCAGUUAUUCUCUUCCUUCUGCCCCUUUUUCCAGCGGCCAUUUUGUUUGAUGGGGUGUGAGGGGGGGGGUACAGGAAACAAGAAAGAAAAAGAACGGCAUGAGAAAGCGCAGAACUGAUUUCAGGAGGCAGCAGUCUGCGUGUGCUCCCCCCACUGCAGCCACCUCCCUUGGUGGCAAAGUGACCCUUAUGGCGCUGUCAGGUUGUCACGGACAUCGUGCUGCAAGGAACAUUGUCCUCUGGGUAUAAAUAGCCACCUCCUGGCAGGCUCCGGCCUUGGGAACAUCUGAAUUGUGCUCCUCUGCUCCGUGUCCUGCACAGCGCUGAUCCUGCUCACCUCUAGCAGUCAGCACCGGGCGCAUUGCAGGAGCCUGAGCUGCAGCUGCUGGAGGAGCAAAAAUCCGUAUUUGCUGACUGUACAGCUGGGUCUUGGCUGCAACUCUGCCUCUUACGUCUAGCAAACAAAAGAGCAGCAAACAGAAUUGCUGUUGGCUGGCACAGAAGGUACAAAGGUGCUUGCAGACUGCACCUGCACGAAGGCAGUGCCGGGCUGUGUGGGAUGGACGUGGCUGUUGAGGAUUCGGUUUGUUGGGGUGCAGUGACAUUCUGACCUGAGGUGUGAGGGGAGGAGGUGCAUAGGGACAGGAGCCCUGCUAUGCCUCUGUAUGGAGACAGCGCCAGGAGCUGCUGUUAUCGAUCUGGAAUGCUGUCCUCCCUGGCAGCGGAGGAGUCUGCUCCCCUCCAGUUUCAGCCUCCCUUGAUCUUUGUUUUCUUAUCUCUCAGCUUUGAAGAUAAGGAAGGGAGAAGGUGGUGCUGUCCUGGCUUUGCUGGGGCUGAUAGGGACUGCCUCAAUGGGAAAUGUGUAUGGCUGCAGGUCGGCUUUGGGUGACAGGAGCAGGGAGGGCUCUUGAGGUUUUUGUUAGAUCAGUAAUGGGAUUCCUGUGAGCCCCAGCACUGAGCCGUGGGUUUGGGCUGCCCGUCCUCCCCACAGAAAGAGUUGGAUGCAGAACUCAGACUGUAACCCAGCUGUUCUGGCUUUGCUGGGAAGCACCCACAGUUUGGAGAGGAAUGAGUGUGGCAGCUGUGUUCAGCACCUCACAAGUGCCCCGUGCAGGUGAAGCUGUCCCUUCCACUCACUGCCGGUGAUGUGCUCCUGGACCGUGCCAGGCUGUGUCCUUGGGAGCAUCAUGGGUCUGGCAGGACUCGCUCUGGGCAGCUCUGGCUGUGCUGGGCAGCGGGUGUUGGGGCUGUGCUGUGCUCAUGGGCUGUGAGGAUGCAGCUGGGAGCAGAGGCGCGGGCUGCCGGCGUGCUGAGUCAGCGUGACUGGCCCUGAGCAGGCGUGCUCCGGACCUGGCCGCUGCUGCCAGGCUAUUUUUAAAAAUGUGGCUUCCGUGUAUUCUGGCUCCUCCUAGUUUUUUAAUUCCCCCCCCCCCGCCCCAAACAAAAAACAGCAUUGCUACAAGUCUCCGUGGUUGUAGGGCUGUGGAAGGGCAGCAGUUCCUGCUUAGGGGCGGAAUCUGUUGCCACGCUAGCCUGACUGACGUGGCUGCCGUGUUAUGACGACCCCCAACAAAGGAAACAAGGCCUUGAAGGUGAAGCGGGAGCCAGGCGAGAAUGGGACCAGCCUGACAGAUGAGGAGCUGGUGACCAUGUCUGUGCGGGAGCUGAACCAGCAUCUGCGGGGCCUGUCCAAGGAGGAGAUCAUCCAGCUGAAGCAGCGCCGGCGCACGCUGAAGAACCGAGGCUACGCGGCCAGCUGCAGGGUCAAGCGCGUUACCCAGAAGGAGGAACUGGAGAAGCAGAAGGCAGAGCUGCAGCAGGAGGUGGAGAAGCUGGCCUCUGAGAAUGCCAGCAUGAAAAUGGAACUCGAUGCUCUCCGCUCCAAAUAUGAGGCACUCCAGAACUUCGCCAGAACCGUGGCCCGGAGCCCUGUCACCCCCGUGCGGGGCCCUCUCACCUCCAGCAUGGGGCCCCUCGUCCCUGGCAAGGUCGCUACCACUAGUGUCAUCACAAUAGUGAAAUCCAAAACGGACGCCCGGUCUUAGUGAAGCGAGUGUUGCCUGAGCUUGUCUGUGCAGGGCAAUUAGGCACAAAACCAGCCUGGAAUCCCCAAAGCACAAACCCUCCCCACACGGGUCAGGGUUCCUUCUACUUGGCCCAGGACUGGCCUGCUGAUCGCUCUGGUUUUGUUUUGUUGUGUUCAGAUUGGUAUGAGCAGUGGUGAUGCAUCCCUUGUCCUGUGCAGACAGCACCUCCCACCCAGCGGUCUGUAGCCCUCAGCUGCCCUUGGGACAGGCUGUAAGAUCUCGGUGUUCUGGCCAAAGGAAGUCUGCGCUGCGCGGCGAGAGGCCCGGAGGGAGGCUUUCUUCCUGGAACCCCAGUUUUCAGUCACUUCCAAAGGCUUUAUUUCAUUACUCUUCCAGGUGGUGUAUCCAGGUGCCUGACUGCCCGGCACCUGAGCCUGCUGCUUUUGUCUCAUCCGGUACCUGUAGUUGCAGCUGGGGUGUUCUGUGUAAUAGAUGUGGUAUUCAUUUCUAGGUGCGCCUCUGUGCCCAAGCAGUGAGUUUCCUUCAGGCUUCCAUUGCAGUAGAGUGCGGAUAGCGGCGGUGGAUGGGAAGAUGCUGGUGUGCCCCACUGCCUCUGCCCCAGCUGAGGGGAGGGGGAUGGGAUGGGGUCUGGGAGGGGGGGGAGGGAGGUACGUUGCUGACUGCAGGCCGGUUUUGUGCCUAAUGUGUUGCACUGAACAAGACCAAAAUCACUAGUUGUUCCCGUGUUUUGAGGGUAUCAAGUGUCUCUAGUGUGAUGGUUUACACGACCAGUUUAUGUGGUUAAAUAGCCCUUUUAUUUAAAGAGAAACAUCGUUUUAAGAGUUAUUAAAUUAUCUAAGUUUAAAAUGAAAAUCAGACAGAAGAGAGAGCGUAUUUAUAGUCAGCUUUUUUUAUCCGAGAGGGCGAGAAUAUUUGGCCAUAGAAAUGGGGAAAUAUUCUCGGAGACUUUGCUAGUUAGAAGUUAAUAAAUAAAUAAUUUUAAAGUUUCUCAUGAACCUCCCGCAAACUGUUUGUGGCUCCGAGGUUAGUUUUUAUAAAGAGUUAUCAGACUUUAUUUAUAAAACUUAGAAAAAGAAAAAAAAAAAAAAAAAAAAAGACAAAAAAAAAAAAAAAAAAAGAGGCAAAUCCUGUUUGAUAUCUUUUUGCAAUUGUACCAAAAGUGACUUAUUCUCGAUCUUGCUGGCUCCGUUGUGUCCCCUGGUGUUGCGCUCUCUGUGCUCUCCGAGGCGCUGUGCUGUGGUGCUGUCAGUGGCUGCCUUUGCCAUGUGCUGUCGUUCUCAUGCUUCUGUUGUUUUCCCUGAGCUCGAGCGAGAGGUUCGCUUGCAAUCUCUCCGAAUUCUCCAGGAGGAUUCUGGCACACAGGCAAAGAUGCUGUUUUUCUGAGAGGUGGAAAUGAACGGCUGAUGCCGCUGAGGAGUGAUGCGUGCCCUGAAAACGCUGCUCUGCAGAGGGGCUUGGUGGGACGCCUGCUUCUCUCUCUGGGUGUUGCAGCUGUGGCUUCUGCGCAAGCAGCUCAGCCUCUCGCUGCCCAGCCAGUGCUGACCCCGGAGUUACCUGCAUGGGGGAUGCGUUCCCAUUGGGACUGCUCUCCUCUGGCUGAGAAGUAACACAGGGGAGAGCUGUAUAAGUUCUGAAGGAGACUGAGGGGAACGAAGAUGGAGCUGGAUGUGGAUCCUGUGGUCAGAGUUCGCGCUGUGCUCGUGGCUCCUCUGAUGAGAGGCAGGGCUGACAGCGUUUUGGGCGGUGCAGGGCCUGCACUUGUCCUGAAGCUGCAGCCUCUUGUGCUGAGCAUCAGCAUAUUACUGAAAAGUGAGAGGUGUCUUGGUUACUUUUUUUUUCCUGGUGCAACUUAUGGCUGUAGGUAUUGGUAAAGGUACCUAAACUUACAGCUAUGUGACACAGCUGAAAAACAGUUUGUGGUCAGGCUCCAUUUUCACACUAGGACAGACCUCCCUGCCCUCACCUCCUGAGAGACUCGAUCUGAUUACUGAGUUGUUUUGGAGAAUCAGGGCAUGGGGGUGAAGUCCAUUUGAUCUUUUGGGUGUCGAAAAUCACCUGAGCACAGGAGACAGAUAAGGAUGGCACAAGCAAAGUGUGGUUUGCUAUACUAGGUGUGUUUUGGUGAUGAGUUUCUUAUGUAGCUGAACUGAUGCUGUUCUCUGGGCUGAAAAGCAGGUACACCUAAUGAGAGCUACUGCACAGCAGGAGAGGAGCUGAUGGGAUUUCUUGUUGAAAGAGGAGAUCAGCUUUGCACUGACUAAUUGCCGACUUAGGGAGAAGCUGUUUGGAAUGCUUUUCCCUGUGAACUUUGUGGAUAAAGAGUAGGUUAGAACAUCGCCUCCAGGCUUCCCCCAUCCAGCUCAUGGGUUUUCUCCUCUCCGAACUGAGGUGUUGUGCUGUUUCCUUGCUAUGCACCAGAUGGGCUACUUGCUGUGCAACACUUCACACAGACUUCUAGGCUCAAGCCUUUGUCUUCCAGCUGCUGGGUGGUGUGAGGAGGAGAUGAGACACAACAGAGUCCUCUGGCUGGCUCAGGCUGUAAAACCCAACCCUGUCCCUCCUGGAGCCAUGAGAUCUGACCUGGCAGGAGAGCCUCCCAGCUGGAGGCCAGACCUCUGCAGAGCGAGCAGACAAGGUUUUGUGUGCAAACUGUCUCCGUUUGCUGGAGAUUGUUGUGAGGAGGGCUCCAUCAACAGAGCAGGCAAUGACAGGCAGUCCCACAGCCCUGGCAAACUCAUUUCCAUUGUAUCCUGCACCCGAUCCUUCUCUGCCUGCUGGACGGCAAUCGCUGCUGCCAAUGAGAGUCUGUGCUUCCCUGGAGCAAGUGAGGAGGACAGAACAGGCAUCAGCGCUGACUCCACCAGCCAUGAAUGCUGUCAUUUCUCCUCCUCUGCGCUGUGCUUGCUAGCUUGUGGUCCCAGUUUGCUUUGAGUGGCUGAAUGCAUUCGGUGAGGACACAUCUCUUUAGGGACGCGUGGGCACAAAGCUGCUGCCAUAGGGCGCCCGUGUGGUGAACCAGCUCUGCGGGUGAGGUGGUUCCCUGCUCGCAAAGCGCUCUGUCUGGCUCCAUCCUAGAGGUGCAGGAGGGGAUGUGCUCCUCUUUGCGGGUGCUGCUUCCCCGUACUGGCGUGGUGUUUUUGGUUUUGUUCUCAGUGAAGUAUUGGAAUCCGAGUAAUGUAUUUCUGCGGUGUCUGAAGAAUCUCCCGUCACGUUCAGGGCGCGCAGUCCUCACCACCCGGCACCCGAUGCCUGCGUGAGGCGGCCCUGCCCCGAGCCCGUCGCUCUGAUCUCUCUCUCUCUCGUAUAUAGCGUUCUGGAGUGUGGCAGUUCUUGUUCCUGAGGUGCUCGUCCGUUCGGUUUCCUGCUGUGAAGGGUGUUGUGUUUUCUUUCUCCUUUCCCGGUACAUUUUUGAUGCAGUGGUUGGGAGGUGGGGCCCGGCCCCAGCCGCCCUCUAAGGAACCAUGAAGCGUGUCCCCUGCAGCGGCCCGGCCGGGCGGGGCUUUGUGUAUCGUGUGGUGAAUCGUGUCGAGUGACUCCUGCGUCGUGCUGCGCCGGUGGGCAGCGCCGUCCCGAGGGAGCGGGGCGGGGAGGGCGCGAGGGCCGAGGUCGGAGCCGCCGCGCUGCCCUUCCCGGGCCCGGCGGAGCGCCGCCCUCAGAGGAGCACCGCCCGGAGGGACCGCGGGGCUCCGGCGGGACCCGCCGUGCCGUUGGCCCGUCCCGGCCCCGGGUCUGUCCGCUGUCCGGGGGUGGGGUGCAGCGAGGCCGCGGUUGGCGGGCGGGAGGCGGUAUUUAUUGCUAAGUUAUUGCCCCGCGCGGCGACGGCGGGCGUUAUUUAUUGCUGUACAUAGUGUUCGUCUGCCGGCGCGGCCGCCGUUGUUUUGUACAUGACAAUAAACAGCUUUCAAACACCA